ACCGCCAGCCAGCCAGCCAGCCGUGGAUUGUUGCACAAUACCCGUCGCGAACCCAACGCGCAAACGUGUAACUGCAACGUCAAGUUCCUUCCCUCGUUCCUGCUCCCAACAAACCAGCGCGACUCUGGACUGGACUGGACUGGAGGACAGGAUAUGGCGCAAUCUCUCGAAGCCAAAAUCGUGGUCUUGGGAGCACAAGGCGUGGGCAAGACGAGUCUCCUAACCCGCUAUAUCAAGAACCAGUUCACGCCCGCGAGCACCACUUCGACUGUUGGUGCCAACUUCUUGAGCAAGAGGAUCAUUGAUGUCGAGAGCGAUACUAUCGUUAGACUGCAGCUAUGGGAUACAGCUGGGCAAGAGCGAUUCCGCGCCAUAUCACGAAUCUACUACCGCGGCGCCAACGCCUGCAUCCUCUGCUACAGCAUAACCGACCAAGCCUCCUUUGGAGAGAUCGGCCCCUGGCUCACCGAACUCCGUCGCAACCUGCCCGCCGACAUAAUCAUCCACGUCGUUGGCACGAAAGCCGAUGUCGUGGCGCGGGAUCCGAGUCUGAGGGAAGUGCCUUUUGAGCGCUGCAUCGCAUAUGUAGCGGAGAACCUGGCCCCAGGCAUGUCAUCCACGCCGCCCGCGACAGCUACACCGGGCCUGGAACCUCCUGCCAACGGGGGAGGAGGAGGAGGAGGAUACAGACAGCUGUUUACAAGUGGCAGCGGGAGUGGAGGUGGACCGAAUCUCGACGGCGCCAGGAGUCCGAGCUCGAAGCGCAGCAGUGGGUUCUGGGGCCAGGAAGUGGGCUGGGAUUGCUGCCAUGAGGUUAGUGCGGAGAGCGGAGAGGGCGUGGAGGAGGUGUUUAGGGUUAUCACGCGGAAGUUGGUCGAGCAAAAUAAGGCUAUGAGCCAGCAGUUACUGAGCGCUUCGCAGACGCCGGGAAUUACGCCUGGGGAGCAGGGAGGACCUGGGGAGGGGGCUGGAGGAUAUUUCGAUGGCAUGAUGAGACAGGGGAGACCUGGGGGCAGUUUUAGGGUGGGGAGGGAUAGGCGGUCUUGGUUUGGGGUCCCUGUGGAAUUGUAUACGGAGCAAGGACCGGAAGAUGGAGAUGCGCCACUUGUAAAGUCCAGGAGGAAGUGCUGCUGA